CUAUUUCCUCGCUGCACGUCAUAUAACGUCGACCAUCCAGGCGUCACUACAAUCACCCCACCCAGUGGUCUUCCUCAUUUCUCGAAGUUCUCCUCCCAUUGCGUCUUGCACAUCUACAGCAUCACAAUGGCCUUCAUCCUCCGACGGCCGACGGCCAUCACCGCGACUCUGCGACAGACCGCACCCUCGAUAGCCUCGCGCGCGUUCCACAACACGCCACUUAAGCAACAAGCCAACUUCUUCAUCCAAAAGACACCCGCUCUCUCAUCCUCCCGAAAUGUCGUCCGUUUCCGCGCAUCAUUCCGCCGCUCGUAUCAACAAGCCGCUCGCAAUCCCGUCGCCCAAGGCGAUGCUCGCCAGCGUCUGCUUUACGGCGCCGGCAUCUUCGGCGCCACCCUGGUUGGUAUUAAUCUCAUCUUCAAUCGCGAGACCCGUGAGGAUGGCGGCAUGCCAGAAUUUGAGCGUCGAUACUUGAAUGACACUUUCAUGCAUACUGGUCUCGGCGUUGGCAUCAUCGGUGUAGUUGCGAGAGCUCUGCACAUGAAUGGAUGGAGCUUCCGUCUGAUGAGUGCGAACCCGUGGCUUGUCCUGGGAGCCGGUCUUGUCGGAAGCAUUGGAACAAUGUACGCUACGAGAGCAACAUCUCCUGAAAACUAUGUUCAAAAAUACGCCCUGUGGACCGGAUUCAAUGUCACACAAGCCCUCCUCCUAUCGCCUCUCUUCUUCAUGCACCCGGCAAUUCUUGCCCGUGCUGGUCUCUACACCGUCGGCAUGAUGGGCUCCAUUGCUUUUGUGGGUGCCACCGCCAAGCAAGAAAAGUACCUCUAUCUCGGUGGUCCCCUCCUUGCCGGUGUUGCCAUUGUCGCCCUUUCCGGUCUUGCUCCAAUGGUCGUUCCAGCCACUGCCACACGAACCCUCAUGAUGACUGAGAACAUUUGGCUGUAUGGUGGACUGGCAGUAUUCGGUGGCUUCACACUUUAUGAUGUGCAGAAGGUGCUACACCAUGCCCGUCUUGCCGAGCGUGGCUUGAUUCCCAAGGACGCUGUCAACGAGGCCAUCUCUCUGGAGCUCGACUUCAUCAACAUCUUCAUCCGAAUGGUGCAGAUCUUGGGUAUGAGCCAGCGCAGGAAGUAG